ACUGGGAAGUCCAGAUGCUGUGACUGACUUGCUGACAUCACAGCCUCAUUAGCAUGCGGAGGAUGCAAGCAUUGGAACUGCGAACAGCGACUUCUCCAGCUCUGCCAGGCGCUCCGUGACAGUUAUUAUUAUUUUUUGGAUGAGCUGCACAUUUCCUGGUUCAGUGGCCCAGGCUUUGUGAGCAGCUGACUGGUCUCNCAGGUCUGGCUCAGGAUCAGCUGAUGACGCAGAGAUUGGGGUCUGUGACUUCCUUCAGAUAAUCGUGAAGUCGGCGAGUUUAGAGGAGACGGGUUCUUGAGAAGACAAUUCUAGGACCCAGGCAGGCCUAGAACAAGGGCACAAGUCGCACUCUCCGGCUUGUGUGGCUCUCCAGCUGGGGCCACUUCCAGGGAGGGCGUUCUCUCGGAGGGAAUGCAAAAGCAGACGGGUUUGGGUUUGAGCCUGCUGCCUGCCUCCGGAAGGGCUCAGAUUUGCAGAGACUCAGUAAAGGAGAUGUUUGGGCUGCCUGGAGUCCUGCUUGCAUUUUCUGAUACCAGCUCCAGGGGGAAAGUGAACUGGGGCAACUGACCAGAUCAAGACUCGGUGGCGGCUUCCUCUAAAGCUUCGCGGCUCAUCCUCUAGGAGGAAGAUCUGCCUGCACUGCAAGUGUCCCCAGGAGGAGCACAUGGUAACAGUGAUGCCGCUGGAGAUGGAGAAGACCAUCAGCAAGCUCAUGUUUGACUUCCAGAGGAGUUCAACCUCAGAUGANGACUCGGGCUGUGCUUUGGAAGAGUAUGCCUGGGUUCCCCCAGGGCUGAAGCCUGAGCAGGUGCACCAGUAUUAUAGCUGCCUCCCAGAAGAGAAAGUUCCCUAUGUCAACAGUCCCGGAGAGAAAUUGCGAAUCAAGCAGCUAUUGCACCAGCUGCCACCCCAUGACAAUGAGGUUCGGUAUUGCAACUCCCUGGAUGAGGAAGAAAAGAGGGAACUGAAGCUGUUCAGCAACCAGAGGAAACGUGAGAACCUGGGCCGAGGCAAUGUCAGGCCUUUCCCCGUCACCAUGACAGGAGCUAUUUGUGAACAGUGCGGAGGGCAGAUUAAGGGCGGCGACAUNGCUGUGUUUGCAUCACGUGCUGGCCAUGGCAUCUGCUGGCAUCCACCCUGCUUCGUAUGCACCGUCUGCAAUGAGCUUCUGGUUGACCUCAUCUACUUUUACCAAGAUGGGAAGAUCUACUGUGGCAGGCACCAUGCGGAGUGCCUGAAGCCACGCUGUGCAGCCUGUGAUGAGAUCAUCUUUGCAGAUGAGUGCACAGAGGCUGAGGGACGACACUGGCACAUGAGACACUUCUGCUGCUUUGAGUGUGAGACAGUGCUGGGGGGCCAGCGCUACAUCAUGAAGGAGGGAAGACCCUACUGCUGCCACUGCUUUGAGUCCCUGUAUGCAGAAUAUUGUGAUACCUGUGCCCAACAUAUAGGAAUUGACCAAGGUCAAAUGACCUACGACGGCCAACACUGGCAUGCUACAGAGACCUGUUUCUGCUGUGCUCAUUGUAAGAAGUCUCUUCUGGGGCGGCCAUUCCUCCCAAANCAAGGCCAGAUAUUCUGCUCACGGGCCUGUAGUGCUGGGGAGGACCCCAAUGGCUCUGAUUCAUCUGACUCUGCCUUCCAGAACGCCAGAGCCAAGGAGUCUCGCCGCAGUGCCAAAAUCGGCAAGAACAAGGGCAAGACAGAGGAAGCCAUGCUGAACCAGCACAGCCAGCUGCAGGUGAGUUCUAACCGGCUCUCAGCUGAUGUGGACCCCCUGUCAGUGCAGAUGGAUCUCCUCAGUCUGUCCAGCCAGACGCCCAGCCUCAACCGGGACCCCAUUUGGAGGAGCCGGGAAGAGCCCUUCCAUUAUGGGAAUAAGAUGGAGCAGAACCAAUCCCAGAGUCCUUUGCAGCUUCUCAGCCAGUGCAACAUCAGAACGUCCUACAGUCCAGGAGGGCAGGGAGCAGGAGCCCAGCCUGACAUGUGGGCCAAGCACUUCAGCAACCCUAAGAGAAGCUCAUCAAUGGCCCUGAAGGGGCAUGGAGGCAGCUUUAUCCAGGAAUGCCGUGAGGACUAUUACCCGGGGAGGCUGAUGUCCCAGGAGAGCUACAGUGAUAUGUCCAGCCAAAGCUUUAAUGAAACUCGAGGCAGCAUCCCAGUUCCCAAGUAUGAGGAAGAAGAGGAGGAGGAAGAAGGUGGCAUAUCUACUCAGCAGUGCCGGCCCCGUCGUCCACUCAGUUCCCUGAAAUACACAGAGGACAUGACACCCACNGAACAGACUCCUCGUGGCUCUAUGGAAUCACUGGCCCUGUCAAAUGCAACAGGUCUGUCUGCUGAAGGUGGUGCCAAGCGCCAGGAGCACCUAUCACGGUUUUCCAUGCCUGACCUCAGCAAAGACUCUGGAAUGAAUGUCUCGGAAAAGCUGAGCAACAUGGGUACUCUCAACUCCUCAAUGCAGUUCAGGAGCGCAGAGUCUGUCCGCAGCCUGCUGUCCGCACAACAGUACCAGGAGAUGGAGGGGAACCUUCACCAGCUCAGCAACCCCCUAGGAUACAGGGACCUGCAGUCCCAUGGAAGGAUGCACCAGAGCUUUGAUUUUGAUGGUGGCAUAGCGAGCAGCAAGCUACCAGGACAGGAAGGUGUGCACAUCCAGCCCAUGAGUGAGCGCACCCGGAGGAGAGCUACUUCCAGGGAUGACAACCGCCGCUUCCGCCCUCACCGGUCCAGGAGGUCCCGACGUUCUCGCUCAGACAACGCCCUGCACCUAGCCAGCGAGCGAGAGGUCAUCGCUCGGUUGAAGGAAAGGCCCCCUCUGAGAGCCAGGGAGGACUAUGAUCAGUUCAUGCGCCAACGCAGCUUCCAGGAGAGCCUGGGGCAGGGUUCCCGGCGGGAUCUGUACGGCCAGUGUCCCAGGACUGUGUCGGACCUGGCUUUGCAGAAUGCCUUUGGGGAACGAUGGGGACCCUACUUCACGGAGUAUGAUUGGUGCUCCACCUGCUCCUCCUCUUCAGAGUCCGACAACGAGGGCUACUUCCUAGGAGAACCUAUCCCGCAGCCAGCCCGCCUACGAUAUGUCACAAGUGAUGAGCUCCUGCACAANUACAGCUCUUACGGUGUCCCCAAAUCCUCCACCUUAGGUGGCAGAGGACAGUUGCACAGCAGGAAAAGACAGAAGAGCAAAAACUGUAUCAUUUCGUAAUGUGAUAGUGGUCGGGGAAUNGGGGAGAUGGGAGCUAAGAAUGUAAACUCUGAAACGUGCACUGUUGUGAAUUCUCAAGUGCUCUUGGGGAUGGUUCGUGGAGGAGAGAUGGAGAAUGCUCUCAGUUGAGGGAGGCAAGGCUGCAGGUUGGCUUGGUAGAUACACUUGGUGUCACAGUUUGGGACAUGUUAAAUAUGAUUUGCACAUUUCACUUUGGAAACACAGGCUGUGGAGGCCAGGGAAGGUCAUGUCCUUCCAAGGUGGAGUGGCCAUUAACCAGAUGACACACUGUAACCUGCCCACUUAUCUUCUUUCUGGUUCUCUUCCUUUUAGGACCCCUUUUCCAGUAAAUACUUUAUUAGCCAGGACCCCAGACUAAGUUAUUUACAUGUUCAUUGUAAAUGCUAUGUAAAUGAGAGUUCUGAUAAAAUAUUUUUGUAUUUUGUAAUAACAACAGAAUUUCUAUAUCAUAGGAUUCCGUGGGGACUUGCAUGCAUGGCCACCAAUCCCUUCGAGUGGUAGUAAACGGUGGCCCAGGACCACCUGGCUUUUGUUGUUUGUUUCGAUUUGGUUUGGUUUUCUUUCUAUACAAAUCUGUUACAUGUCAGUGAGACUAUUUUCAAAGGAGUAUAUUCAAUUUGGCUUUUUGUGGCUGAAAAAGAAAAUUUUAACUAUUCUACCCAAGGCAUUCUAUGCUCUAGGGCAUCUAAUGGUCCAUCUUUAAGUCCACUCCCACCCUCCGUAGAAUUUAUUCUCUACAAAGUAAGUAGAUUUUUUUUUAAUUACAAAUAUCGCUUUUGCUGAUUAGAGAUAACAGCCAGUGUCAGUCCAGUUCUGUGAGAAAUGCCAUCCUUGUUUGGAACCUUGAAGUUGCUUAAUGUCGCUCUGUCCCUCGGGGGGGGAGUCACAGUGANUGUGAGCGGUGCCAGUGUGUGUGUCAGCAUGGUGUUGUUUUGAGUGUGGAGUUGUCUGGUGCUCAUGUUUCCUGGAUUGUAUUUUCUGCUUUCUUCUUCCAAGGCAGACGAAGCUGCUGCCUUUAGCCUGACAACUGUUUGUCCUCACAGCAAAUGAGCUUCAGCAUUUAGCACUGAGGGACAAGAAGAUAGUGGGGGGAGGGGCUCUGGGUGCACUGGCGUGGUGCACACUACACAAGGAGAUUUGAAAACAGAAAGCAGAUAGAUGUUGAAAGGAGUGGUGGAAUAUGAAUGGAGUCAGGGAGAAAGAACUAGUAGAAAGAAAGAGAGGUGACAGCCACCUUGACUAGUCCCCAGUGCUUUAGAGAGAAUCCAAUCUGACAAGCUUAGUCACCACAGGGGCUGUCUUCUUACCCUGGAGGGUCAAGCUGCUGAGAUGAUAGGAAACAACGUGGAAAAACAGACCUUGUGGCAAGAGAGAUUUCCAUUUUGAACUUUGAGGACUGUUGGUCAAAUGGGAAGGCUCAAGAGUGAGUUUGCUUCAAGAAGACGUUUCACUGCAGGNGAGAUAAAUACACAGUGAAAUAAAACUUCUUGCCUUGCUUCAACUUUUUUUUUAAAAAAAAAAAAAAAAGUGAAGCGCUUGCUCUUGGUCCAUUUUCUCCCUCUCCUCAGUGGAUUGUGGCAAAAAUCCAUCAGAGGACCCACCUUGUGUGAGAUGUGCUGUCCCCAUAUGCACAGUGUGUCUCAGUGGCCAUUUGCCGUGAUAAGGUGAGCAUGGUCUCUUCUCAGUAGAGUACUUAACAUUUUCUAGGGUUGUUUUUUUUUUUUUUUUUUUUUAAAUGGAGAGAAUGUAAAGCGUGGCUUUUCAGACACCAUCCUCUAUGGGUCUGGGGUCAAGGGAGACUGCAAAGGAUGCGAUGAUGACACUCCAUCCAGGAUGUAUUAAAAUGAUUUGCUUUAUAGGUAUUAAUACGACAUUUGUCAUUGUCACUGAUUUUUUUAAAGGAGCAAUGCAAAUGUUGAUUGUGGCUGUUUUCCGCAUGCUAUCUUCAUAUCUAAAUGUUUCAUUAAUUAUCCAAGCCUCUGGAGAAUUAACUCUAUUACGUUUGUAUAGUAAGUUAAUAAAAAUGCUUAGCAAACUGUUUAAGAGAUAAAUAUGCAGCACUGUGCCACUCCAGUGGCAGGUUUCUGGUAGACACUGGGUGAGUCCAAUUUGGAGCUUUGAGUUUGUUGAUUGGUGAGAAUUAAAAGGCAUUAUUGGAAAAAGAAAAAAGAAAAAAGAAAAGAGAAAAAAGAG